GAACCGAUCCUUAUAUUAUAAGGCGAUAACAACUUUGUCUAUAGUUAAAUGUAUCUAGGCCAUUAAGAUCUGGUACCCUAAAUUUAAAUCACGUUCAUAAAUAUAUUGCUACAUUUGGCCAGUAUGUUUUAAACAUUUUGGUGAGUUCACUUUUCUAAGUUUGAUCGCAUUUUUAAUUGUCUGUGAAACCCACCUCACCCUUGAAGGAUGACGGGAUUAUUUUUGCCCCGUCACCCCUCCCUGCCCCGCCAUAGGUAGGCUGCAGGGAUGUUGGGUGUGUGCGUGCAGAAACUGACAGGUAGAGAGCUGCCGUCUCUCGGUGACUUGCAGGCAAUGCAGCGAACAGAUUUAGUAAAUAUACAGAUAUGAGGUUGAUGCAAACAGCCAGAUCAACUAUGUUCACAUAACUUGGCUCUGGACUUGAGUUCAGUGGCGAACGUGGGCGAGGAGACCGCAGGAACAAACGGGAAAUUCAACUGUCAGCUGGCCGGGAAAGCCGAUCACACCACCCGGCUUCCGGGGAUUCAGGGGCCGCAUCGGUUGACGGCAGACGUCGGUCGGUAGCUCGGGGGGAAAAAAGGGCGAACCACCACAUCAUCGCCGACAUCCACCUCUCGAUUCCAGCGGCUUUCGAGAUGUCAAGGAAGCUACAAAGGACAGAAGUCUGCGCAGACUGCAGUGCGCCAGAUCCGGGCUGGACCAGUAUCAACCGAGGGGUCCUGAUCUGUGAUGAAUGCUGUUCAGUCCACCGCAGCUUAGGCCGCCAUAUCUCCAUAGUCAAGCACCUGAGGCACAGUGGAUGGCCUCCCGCACUACUGCAGAUGGUUCAGACCUUGGCCAGUAAUGGGGCCAACUCCAUAUGGGAACACAGUCUCCUGGACCCUGCUCAGGUGCAGAGCGGUCGCAGGAAACCCAACCCCCAGGACAAAGUCCAUCCCACUAAGUCAGAGUUCAUCAGAGCCAAAUACCAGAUGCUGGCCUUUGUGCACAAGCUGCCCUGCCGCGAUGAUGAUGGCCUCACUACCAAGGACCUCAGUAAGCAACUUCAUUCAAGCGUGCGGACGGGGAGUUUAGAGACGUGUCUUCGGCUCCUGUCCCUCGGCGCCCAGGCCAACUUCUUCCACCCGGAGAAAGGCACUACCCCUCUCCAUGUGGCAGCCAAGGCAGGCCAGAUCCUGCAGGCUGAGCUACUAGUGGUGUACGGCGCGGACCCCGGAGCACCUGACAUCAACGGACGCACACCGAUGGACUACGCAAGGCAAGCGGGACAUAUAGAGCUAGCAGAGCGGCUGGUAGAGUGUCAGUACGAACUGACGGACAGACUAGCCUUCUACCUUUGUGGACGGCGCCCAGAUCACAAGAAUGGCCAUUACAUCAUCCCUCAAAUGGCAGACAGAGCUCGUCCUAAGUGCCCGACACAGAGUCUGGACCUCUCAGAACUGGCCAAGGCUGCUAAGAAGAAGCUCCAAGCGCUCAACAAUCGGCUGUUUGAGGAGCUAGCGAUGGACGUCUAUGACGAGGUAGAUCGCAGAGAAAACGACGCAGUGUGGCUCACGACCCAGAACCACAGCACUCUGGUAACAGAACGCAGCGCGGUGCCCUUCCUACCGGUCAAUCCUGAAUACUCUGCCACACGCAACCAGGGCCGUCAGAAGCUGGCCCGUUUCAAUGCUCGGGAGUUUGCCACGCUCAUCAUCGACAUCCUGAGUGACGCCAAAAGAAGACAGCAGGGGAAAGGUCUCACCAGCCCUACAGACCCAUUGGAUCUGGGCAUUGAUGAUGACCAGCAUGACUACGACAGCGUAGCCUCUGAUGAAGACACAGACAGCGAGCUGACCACCCAGAACAACAACAACACACAACGCAGCAACCGUGCAAAGAGUAUGGACUCCUCAGACUUGUCAGACGGUCCCAUCACCCUGCAGGAGUACCUGGAGGUGAAGAAGGCUCUGGCCUCCUCAGAAGCCAAGGUGCAGCAGCUGAUGAAGGUCAACAACAACCUGAGCGAGGAGCUCCGGCGGCUCCAGAAGGAGAUCACACGGAUGCAGACAGAGAACAGUGCGCUGCGGGGGGGCCAGCAGGUUGGGGGGUCAGCUGGCCAUGGGGUAGGGGGGCCUGGCGGAGUAGGAGGAGGAGGCCACAGGCAAGGUGGUGGGAUGAGAGGAGGAAUAGGCGGAGGGGGUCUGGGUGGGUUUGGGCCAGGGGUGGAACCCCCGGGGCUCUCGGUGCCCUCCUCUGUUGCCCCCCACUCCCAUCCCCACCGGAGGGACCGCCAGGCCUUCUCAAUGUACGAGCCAGGAGCGGCCCCCGGCCCCAUGGCCCAUGGUCCCCCAGCCCUGGACUCCCUGGCAGCACGCCUGCAGCCCCUCAACACACCCAGCGUAAGGAAGGGUGGUACAGGGGGUCCGGCGCCAUAUGGUGGCCAGCAUCUGUCUGGAUCUACAGAGAUAGGCAGAUACAUGGUCCCUAAACCAGAGAAGCACGGCAGUGGCACUGACAGUGACUAUGACAACACACAAACGUACGACCUCUCGCUAAGUAUGGGGCGCAGCAGUGAGGAGGAAGGUCGCGGGGAGUCAGAGGAGGGAGGAGGUGGGGAGGCGGUGGAUCCGGACCCCACCCUGCCCUGCACAGAGGAUGUCAUACUGAAAACUGAGCAGGUGACCAAGAACAUCCAGGAGUUGCUCAGGGCUGCUCAGGAGUUCAAACACGACAGCUUUGUUCCAUGUUCUGAGAAGAUCCACUCCGCUGUCACUGAGAUGGCCUCACUUUUCCCCAAACGCCCGGCGUUGGAUGCAGUCCACUGCUCCCUACGGCUGUUGGCUUCCAGUGCCUCGCGGUUGCAGGUGGAGUGCCGUAAGGCGGCGCCCUCGGAGCCUGGGGCCCCUGCGGUGGACUACCAACUCCUUACCCAGCAGGUCAUCCAGUGCGCUUACGACAUCGCCAAGGCUGCCAAGCAACUGGUCACCAUCACCACUCGUGAGAAGAAGCAGUGACCCUACAAAAUGCAUGGGCGGAGAGGAAAGAGGGAGAGAGGACGGAUCGAUGCACGGGUGGACUAGGAGGGACGGGAAGGGCUUGUAGGAGAGGAAGAAAGAUGCAAAGAUGAUCACACUAUCGAUGGGAGGACGAGGGAGGGGGAGUGAUUGAGAGAAUGAUGGGCGCGAUGAGGGAAGGAAAAGUUUUGAAUAUGCAUGAAAGCAAAGAGGAAUGAUUGUUUGGUAGAAACACUACAGAGGACAGAGAAAGGAAGAAUCCCACAAGUGUGGAAGUGAAAGUAAGGGAGGACGAGCGGAAGGAUCCAACAUGGAAACUGAAGCCUGCUGAGACCUAAAUGAACUGUUGGAAUCAGAUGUGUAUGAUAAACCGCUCAAACUGUGAGAAGCAUACGUGAAAUACAACGGUGGCGAUGUACAGUGCACUGGAUCCUGAGAUGUUAUACCGCUUUAUUUAUUCUCACCUGUCACUCGUCAUCCCUCCCUCUCCCUGUUUACCUGAACUAGGGAGGAGGUGUGUGCUGCGAGAGAGGGAAGUAGAUAGGCCGACCAUGACAAUACUCCACGCCAUCUCCGUCCCUCAAUUCCCCUCUGGCCCGCUCCUCUACCCCCGCCACCCUCCUGCCUCUCUCUCUCUCCUACCAGACAUAGGGCCUCUCUGUCUCCUAUCCCGUCCCAGACAGGAUGAGCUUGCGGUGCAGAGAAGGAGCUCGACCCCACACCACGUCCCACCCAGGCUCUCAGAUGCGUCCUCCUGGGUCAGCUUCUGCAGGGGGCUCCAGCUUCUCUCACACCCGACACCCCCCCUGUUGUUGGUGGUACACAGCAUGAUCUGGCAUGUUUUAAUUUCUUUCCUCUCUCUCCUUAGUCUUUUUUUUUUUUUUUUCUUUUGAACAUGCAGAUUGGUUUGGUCUGCACCUCUGAGGACAAAAAUGACAAACAAAACACUUACACUGGAAUAAUUGUGAUUUAUUGUUGUUGUUUACCAUGCCUAUUGUUUUUUUUUGUAUUGAUAUUUUUACUGGCUGUCAUCUUGAUUUAACUGUUUAUGUAUGUUUAUUUUACUGUCUGAAAUAUGAUUCUCAUUUAGUGGAAUAGGGAGACAGGUGGGGAGGAUGUGCUUGACCUCUUACUGGGAUUUAAGUAAACAUGCGUGCAGACACACGUGUAAAAGAAAUAACCUGUGAAAUGUUCCUCAGCAUUUUUCAAGCACUCCUUUUCUGGGGUGACAGUUUAUUUUUUUUUUUUUUCAUGUGAUAUAUCCUGUAGUCUGCCAAGGGGGUUGAACAGUUGCCAAAGGUGGAGAAGGCGUUGGGGGGGACAUUUUGAUUUUGGUUUAGAUUUUCCAUCAAGCCAAAAGCCCCUUUGUGCAUGAUGACAGGACCUGUAUCAAUUGCUCUUUUCGUGUAUCCUCACCUCAACUGUCUUUUGGGGAUUGAUUUGUCUUACAAUUUGCCUCAUCUAACAGAGCCAGUGGAAUCAUCUCAGAAUCAAUCGCAUAUUCAUUUUUUGAUGUGCCAAGCAGGAUAAUAAAAUCACUUGGUCCAGUUUGUGUAUGAGGAUUAACCCUCUCCACCACCACUACCACUAGUCUUGCUUUAAAGCAGUAUUUUAUUUACAUGGCGUCUGUGCCUCCCACAGCAGCCAUCGAUUUGCAUGCAUGUUAACAAAUGUUCAGUCGCAUUAUGUUGAUACAUAUAACUGGGAUGUUGCAGUAAAGCUUUAAGUAGUCCUGUGAAAAGCUCUAGAUCUAGCAACCUGGAAAGUAAACAUGGUGCGAGAUACUCACCGCAUCAUUUCAUUUGAGAAAAUGUGCUCAUUUGAAAUGGAUUUAGCCAUCUCAAGUGCGCUUGAUUCAGUUUGCCAUGUAUUAUUUCCACUUUUUAGACUGUCUGGCAAGCACAAUCAAGCCCACCGAAUGGUUCUGCGUCAUGGCCUGCUGAUCUGGGCCACAGAAGUCACUUCUAGCUCACUGUCUCUGAUCUCUGCCAAAGGGGAGAGAGCAUUGGGAACAAAUUUUUUUUUUUCUUCUUCUCAAAAAGAUAGCGCACUUAGCCUCUGCUGUAGGUUUAAAGCCUGUUGUACUGUGCCGAACAAAUGUGGUCAUAUCUGUAACAGAGGUUGCAGGUGGGACCUAAAUGUAUUUCCCAGCUGCCAGGAUGGCCCUCUUCUAGUUUAGAGUCACCUGUAGCCCUUCUUCAAUGAUUGUGACACAACACAGUUUCUCAAAGUGUUUGUGGCCUUUAAUGGUUGAUUUUGCUUGCAUUGGUCCAUUCUAUAAUCAUGCUCAGCUCUCAGAAGUCCUCUGCACAUUCAAUUUACUCACCGGACACAUUGACCUCAUCCUUCACACGGCGGUGGCGUCGCAAUUUGUCUCUUGUAUUGCUGCCUUUUUGCAAGAACCAAUUAGACCUUAAUUAGCCCCAAACACUUUGAGGGAUUGAUGCUAGACCACCUUCAGCACUUCCCUGUCCACUUUAUUCAUGUUUUGCCCACCCACCCACAUACACAGAUGUCUCUGUAGCGGAGGUUGAGAUGUUUGCUCUGUUCCCUGUCAAAACAAGUCAUAUCCAGAAGACUCAUGAAAUGUAUCGUUGUUUGAUAUUGAAUGCCUUUGGACAUCAUUAUCCUCUUCUGUUUGGCUGGCUGAGUUACAGUGAUGUCGUACUGACUGCUGGGACAACAGCAAUACCACACACACACACACACACACACACACACACACACGAAGAAAAGCUUGUCCCUUCAAUCACAAUUGCCCAAGUUUUAGACUAGAGCCAUAUAUAUGAACAUAUAUUUUCAUGCUAUAUUUUAUAUUAAGCUAUAUGUUAGGGUUAUGUCUGCCAGAUAUUUAUGUCUAUUUGUUGGCACAAGUGGGCUUCAGGCUAUGGGACCUAUUCACCAAAUCUUCAUUCAUCUCUUUACUCUUGACACCAAUGUACUUGUAGAUAUUUUAAGUCUUGUGAGUAUGGUUAUCCUGUGGUAUUGUCCCCUUAUGUAGUUAUAUUGUACAUAUUAACGAUCCUACUAGAAUCCACAGGAAGCAAAGAGUGAAAACAGUUUGAUGUAGGCGAUUACUCAACGGUGCGGACUAAGUUGCACUAUUUUCAAACACCAGCUGGGUGAAGUAGGAUCUAUGUUAUGUACUGCACUCUCCCAAAGGUCUUAGUUCAAGUACAUUAGGUGCAGGAUGCAGGGUUUGAUUUGGGAUUGGGCAAUAGGAAAGGUCUGAAGCUCACUUUGGCUUAGCACUACAGUCAUCUCAAAAUGGCAGGAGAAGGGUCUAAAAUGCACAUGGCCUUGUCCUUCCUGGAGUUCGUAAGACACUACGUAGGGUGCCUCUAGUGUGAAUGUUAAAUGCUUCCGUCAGUUCAUGUGCAACAUACUUUCUACACCUCCAUCGUGUCCAAAAUUCAGCACGUUUUCCAACUUAAAACACACACCCUCAACUUAUCAGUUGGACCAAGCCUUGUACAAGUACAAACUUUACAUUUGAAGCCAGUGAAUUAUACACACAAACUUCUGAUACUCAGCCAUUGGCAGUGCACUGUGGCCUGUACUGUUGCUGACCUUGUGUUUCUUUACAGCUCUACACUUGGGAGAUGGGUGUUGGGAGAGUUAUCUUUUAACAGAAGACGUUAAAACUGUAUAAAGUAGAGGAAACAAUGACUUAAAGGUCAAUCGUAAUGGAAACUCAUAAGCUGUACAUUUGUAAUAAAAUAGUAAAACAAG